AUGGCAGAUUUAAAUGGAGACAAAAUAUCACACAAAGGACAAAAAAGACAUAAAUACAGCCCUGAAGUAAAAAAACAAGCAAUCGCCUACGCUGAAAUACACGGAAAUCGACCUGCAUCUCGCCACUUUCAAGUCGAUGAAAGAAGAAUACGAGAAUGGAGAGGGAAGAAGAUUCAGAAUGAAGGUGUCCUUGCGACAAGAGGUAACAAAGGCAAGCAAAGAACUCGAUUGUGUGGAGCUGGCCGAAAACCGCUAGGCACAAAGUUAGAGGAAGUUUCAAUGGAGUGGGUCGAAAGCAGACGAUCGCGCGGUCUUCGAGUUUCCAGCAAGCUGAUAAUGAAGAAAGCCCAAGUAACAUUUAACGAUAUGAACCAAAACGACGUGAGUGAUAUCGACUUCAAAGCUUCAAGAGGCUGGUUGACGAAAUUUAAGAAGAGAAAUGGUUUAUCUUUGAGAAGAAAAACCUUUGUUGCUCAACAAGAUCCAGAACGAAUGAUAGCUAAAGUCGUGUCAUACGUAAUUCAAGUAAGAUGGCUGCAGAAAAAGCACAAAUACAGCCACUCUAAUAUAAAUGCAAUGGAUGAAACUCCAGUUUGGUGCGAUAUGGUAGCCGAAACCACUAUUGACGCAGUCGGGAAAAAAGCAUUACGCUGA